UGGUACAUACGUGUGUGGGCCGCUCGCCGCCUACCAGGAAACUAUAAAAAGGGUGUGGAAAACCAGACUCAAGAUCGUAGAAUGUCACUGAUGCAACAAGGCCACGAGAUGAGCUUCACGCAUUCAUUCCUUGUCGCCGUUCUCUUCUCAAUUCUCCUCUUCGUCUUUCUCCGCCACAAGAAAAGAAAACAACCCAACCUUCCUCCUUCACCAUUCAAGCUUCCCAUCGUUGGCAACCUUCACCAGCUCGGCUCCCUGCCCCAUCGCUCUCUCCAUGCGCUCUCUAAAAGGCAUGGCCCACUCAUGCUUUUGAAACUGGGUCCCGUACCCGCCCUCGUAGUCUCAUCAGCAGACAUGGCCCGAGAGAUCAUGAGCACCCACGAUCUCAUAUUUUCAAGCAGGCCAGCUAUUUCCAUGGCCAAGCAGCUCAUGUAUGGAAAAGACCUAGCUUUCGCACCCUAUGGCGAGUACUGGAAGCAGGCGAGGAAGGUGUGCAUCCUCCACUUGUUAAGCACGAAGCGGGUCAAGUCGUUUCGGUCCGUGAGAGAAGAAGAAGUGGCCCUCAUGAUCAAGAAGAUCCAGUCAUCGGCGAUGAUGGGUCCGGUGAACUUGAGCGAGAUGAUCAUCUUGCUCAACAAUGAUAUAACUUCCAGGAUUGCUUUCGGGAAGAAGUAUAUAUUGGGAGCAGAAGGAGAAGAUGGCGGUCACAGAUUUCGUAGGCUGUUUAGGGAGUUUCUGGAGCUUCUGGGAGCUUUCCAUGUGGGUGAUUACUUCCCUCGGCUUGCAUGGAUUAGUAAGUUUAACGGUAUGGAUGAGAGGGUAGAGAAGAAUUUUAAGGAGUGGGAUGAUAUACUUGGUGGGAUUGUCAAGGAUCAUGAAGAUGCAAAGGGAGAUGAUGAUGCUGAUGCUGAUGCUGAUGCUGACGAGGGUAUGAUAGACUUUGUGGAUGUCUUGCUGCAAAUUCGGAAGGAUUGCACGACUGGAAUUACCCUCACACAAGACCACAUCAAAGCCCUCGUUAUGGACAUGUUUGCUGCAGGAACUGAUACAACAUACGCUAUUCUCGAAUGGGCAAUGGCAGAACUCCUAACACACCCAAAAGUAAUGAAGAAAGUGCAGGAAGAAGUGAGGGAGCGAGCAAGAGGACAUUCAAUGAUUGCAGAGGACGAUCUUGUUCACAUGAAAUACUUGAAAUCAGUAGUCAAGGAAGCACUAAGAUUGCACCCUCCGCUUCCGUUGUUGGUCCCACGAGAGUCAAUGAAGGAUGUCAAGAUACAGGGCUAUGACAUCCCAGCAAAGACGAGGGUCAUUGUCAAUGCAUGGACGAUUGGAAGGGACAGUAAAUCAUGGGAACAACCAGAGGAAUUUCAACCAGAGAGAUUCUUGAGUAGCAGUAGCCAUAUAGAUUUUACUGGGCAUGAUUUCGAACUGAUCCCAUUUGGAGCAGGCAGAAGGGGAUGUCCUGGAAUUCAGUUCGCAAUAGCCAAGGUUGAGCUCGUGCUUGCCAAUCUUCUCUAUCAUUUCGAUUGGGAGAUGCCUAAUGGGGCAACUGUGGAGGAUUUAGACAUGUCUGAAUCUCCAGGAAUUACAGUCCACAAGAAAAGUGUUCUUCUUCUCGUUGCAAAGCCCCAGUCAUACUAGGAGAUACUUCUACUUUAAUGAGUUUGUGUUGGUAUUUUGGCAUAUGUAUUAGAAACUUAAUAAAGUUCCGGUCGUGCAUUUGAUACGCAUCAUAGCACUACGGAUAGUGUCGCUUGGAUAUUGAUAUUUUAUCAUUAUUCCAUCUAUGUUCACAAUCGAUGUUUUGUGUUUAAUAAUGACAUUAUGGGUAUAAGUGCAUGUGAA